AUGGAUGAGGUUGCGAAAUUAGAACAUCUGUCUUUAGUAUCUAAAAUAUGCACAGAAUUAGACAAUCACUUGGGAUUAAAUGAUAAAGAUCUAGCUGAAUUUAUUAUUGAUUUGGCAGACAUAAACCCAACAUUUGAAGCUUUUAAAAAGGCACUUAUUGAGAAUGGAGCAGAGUUUUCAGACUCCUUUAUGACAAAUUUGCUGCGUAUCAUACAGCAUAUGAAACCAAUUAGUUCAUCGGCUGAAAAUAAUAAAAAAGGCACAACAAAUUCUAACCCUUUAGCAUUGAAGUUUCCUGGUUUAGCUAUUCCUAAUGAAAAACCUCCUACAUUUUCAUCUGAUGAAAGCAGUGAAGAGGAUGAAAAAGAGACAAAGAGAAUAACUUCAAAAGACUUAUUUAAAGAGGAAUCAAAAGUAAAAGAAUCAGGUGGUGAUAUUGUUCGGCAAGCAAUGGCAGAAUUGGAGGCAUUGGCACCUUCAAACAUUGGUUUAAAAAAGGAAGAAAAAAAAGAUGUACAAAGUAAAUAUCAAAAUGAUACUAGGGUUAAAAGAGAUAGAUCUAAAGAAAGGCAUAGAAGACGUAGUAGAAGUAGAGAUAAAAGGAGCAAAACACCAGAACGUAGAAAUAGAAGUCGCGAUCGUGAUAGGGAUAAAAGAAGGCGUUCUAGAAGCCGUCAUCGUUACAGAUCACGGUCAAGGGACAGACACAGGAGAUCUAGAUCCAGAGGAAGAAGAUCAAGAUCACGAGGCCGGAGGUCCAGAUCUAGAGGUAGAAGGUCAAGAUCUAGGUCACAUUCCCGGGACAGAGAAGGAAAAGAUAAAUUUAGAGACUUUGAGAAAAAAUCACGAAAAAGAAGUCCUGAGGUAGAAAUGAGUGAUGAUCCAGAGCCAGGAAAAAUAUACAAUGGUCGAGUAGCAAAUAUAGUUCCAUUUGGUUGUUUCGUACAAAUUGAAGGUUUGAGGAAGAGAUGGGAAGGAUUAGUUCACAUCUCCCAACUACGUGCUGAGGGAAGGGUUACCAAUGUUUCUGAUGUGGUUUCUAGAGGUGAUAAAGUUAAGGUUAAAGUUAUAUCAGUGACUGGGCAAAAGGUUUCCCUUACUAUAAAAGACGUUUGUCAAGAGACUGGAAAAGAUCUAAAUCCUACAUCUCAUGCACACUUACAGGCUGAACGCGAAGGCCGUAAUCCUGAUCGACCAGCUCCGGCUGCUACAGUGUUGGCGGGUCUGCAAGGAAAUCUUGAUCCUGACGAAGACUCCAGCCGUAAGCGUGUCACAAGAAUCUCCAGUCCGGAAAGAUGGGAAAUAAAACAAAUGAUAUCAUCUGGUGUCAUUGACAAGAGUGAAUUGCCAGAUUUCGAUGAAGAAACCGGUCUACUACCAAAAGAUGAAGAUGGCGAAGCAGAUAUAGAGAUAGAAUUGGUCGAAGACGAGCCUCCAUUCCUUCAAGGCCACGGUCGUGCGCUACAUGAUCUCUCCCCAGUAAGAAUCGUGAAGAAUCCUGAUGGUUCACUUGCUCAAGCCGCAAUGAUGCAAUCCGCUCUGGCUAAAGAAAGAAGAGAACAGAAGAUGCUGCAACGAGAACAAGAAAUGGAGAGUGUACCUACUGGAUUAAAUAAAAACUGGAUAGAUCCACUUCCAGAAUCUGACGGAAGAACCCUAGCAGCCAACAUGAGGGGAUCGGGUAUAACGCCACAAGAUCUUCCCGAGUGGAAGAAACAUGUUAUUGGAGGGAAAAAGUCAUCUUUUGGUAAAAAGACCAACCUGUCAUUGUUGGAGCAGAGACAGUCGUUACCUAUUUACAAAUUGAAGGAUGAGUUGAUAAAGGCGGUGGCGGACAACCAGAUCCUGAUCGUGAUCGGAGAGACGGGGUCGGGCAAGACGACACAGAUGACGCAGUACGUGGCGGAGAGCGGGCUGUCCGCGCGCGGCAAGGUUGCGUGCACGCAGCCGCGCCGUGUGGCCGCCAUGUCCGUCGCCAAGCGCGUCGCCGAGGAGUUCGGCUGCCGGCUGGGCCAGGAGGUCGGCUACACCAUCCGCUUCGAGGACUGCACCAGCCCCGAGACCAUCAUCAAGUACAUGACAGAUGGUAUGUUACUCCGCGAGUGUCUCAUGGACUUAGAUUUGAACAGUUAUUCGGUUAUCAUGUUAGACGAGGCUCACGAGAGGACAAUCCAUACGGACGUGUUAUUUGGUCUUCUAAAACAAGCAGUUCAAAAAAGACCAGAGCUUAAACUAAUCGUCACCUCUGCGACCUUAGAUGCUGUGAAAUUCUCGCAGUAUUUCUUCGAAGCUCCAAUCUUCACUAUACCAGGUCGAACCUUCCCUGUAGAAGUACUGUACACUAAGGAACCAGAAACGGAUUAUCUCGAUGCUUCACUUAUCACGGUCAUGCAAAUUCACUUAAGGGAACCUCCGGGAGAUAUACUUCUGUUCUUAACCGGUCAAGAAGAAAUUGACACCGCUUGUGAAAUUUUGUAUGAGAGAAUGAAGUCUCUAGGUCCUGAUGUACCUGAGCUCAUUAUCUUACCAGUUUACUCUGCGUUGCCUUCCGAAAUGCAAACAAGGAUAUUUGAACCGGCACCGCCUGGAUCGAGGAAGGUCGUAAUAGCUACUAAUAUAGCAGAAACGUCCCUCACAAUAGAUGGAAUAUACUAUGUGGUGGAUCCAGGAUUUGUGAAGCAGAAGGUGUACAAUUCGAAGACCGGUAUGGACUCAUUGGUUGUAACACCAAUUUCACAGGCGGCGGCGAAGCAGCGUGCGGGCAGGGCGGGCCGCACCGGGCCCGGCAAGUGCUACCGGCUGUACACGGAACGCGCCUACCGCGACGAGAUGCUGCCCACGCCUGUGCCCGAGAUACAGCGCACCAACCUCGCCACCACCGUGUUGCAGCUGAAAACCAUGGGUAUAAACGAUCUGCUACACUUUGACUUCAUGGACGCGCCGCCUGUGGAGUCCCUCAUUAUGGCACUGGAACAGUUGCACUCACUGUCGGCCUUGGACUCCGAGGGACUGCUUACAAGGCUAGGUCGUAGGAUGGCAGAAUUUCCCCUUGAACCCAACCUAUCGAAAAUACUCAUCAUGUCAGUAGCUCUUCAAUGCUCAGACGAAAUCUUAACAAUUGUGUCAAUGCUGAGUGUUCAGAAUGUAUUCUACAGACCGAAAGACAAACAAGCGCUUGCUGACCAAAAGAAAGCCAAGUUCAAUCAACCGGAGGGUGACCAUCUGACUUUACUCGCAGUUUAUAACAGCUGGAGGAACAAUAAAUUUUCAAACGCCUGGUGCUAUGAAAACUUCGUUCAAAUACGCACGUUAAAGCGUGCCCAAGAUGUCAGGAAGCAACUGCUUGGGAUCAUGGACAGGCACAAGUUAGAUGUUGUGUCAGCGGGUAAGAAUACAGUGCGGGUCCAGAAGACUAUCUGUUCAGGCUUCUUCAGGAAUGCGGCUAAGAAAGACCCGCAGGAGGGCUACAGGACUCUCGUAGACAGCCAAGUUGUGUACAUCCAUCCAUCAAGUGCAUUGUUCAACAGGCAGCCAGAAUGGGUAAUCUACCACGAGUUGGUCCAAACAACAAAGGAGUACAUGCGUGAAGUUACUACAAUAGAUCCCAAAUGGCUUGUUGAAUUUGCUCCGGCCUUCUUCAAAUUCUCUGAUCCUACUAAGCUAUCUAAAUUUAAGAAGAACCAAAGACUCGAACCUCUUUAUAACAAGUAUGAGGAACCGAACGCUUGGCGAAUAUCGAGGGAACUACUUGACAUGGAUUUCCUUUCUGAAAUAAUAGGUGAAACUGUAAUCCUUGGAAUCGAUUCCCUAAUUUUGGGUUUUUGUGUCAAACAGCUGAGCAAAUGUAAACAUAUCUUGAAUGCUUUGCAGACAGCUCCAAUUCUAGAUAUUGAUUCUUCAUUGAAUAAGGAGAUCAACAAAUAUCCCAAUAAUACUAUACCAUAUGUUGUGAUAAGAGGACUUGUCAAACCCCUCGGUAAACCCAUUGUCAGCAACUACAAUAACAAGGUGACAGGAGUUGUACAGAGAUUGACAAUAAAGGAGCAUGUCAUAGCAAGAACUUCCGCUGGGUUUUGGUCGGAUCAGACUCGUACAAUUCAUGAAGUGUGCAAUUCAACACCAUUCGUGCUCAAUAAUGGACACUACAGUAUUGAAGUUGUGGAUGCACUGGCUGCCGAAUUAUUGGACUUGGAUGUAAUAUCGGACAAAUUCGAGCCCAUGUCGCCUGGCGUAAUUGACCACGUGUGGGGCUUCUUCUCGGGCGUCCGGCAACGUGGCAUGCAAACUAUGGAAGAGAUGCUCCGUGAUGGCUCCUACAUCACAGCUAUUGGAGAACUCAGUAGAUCUCAUUCUGGCGCGCUAAAAAUACAACCGCCCAAAGACGGACUGCCAUUAUACCUUACUACCGCUACCAAAUCCAGUUUGUUGAAAAGACUUGCCAGUUCUAGGGAUUUCUUAAGAAUCCUGCUGAUAGUGUUCGGUGCAGUAGCGGUGCUAGCUUCAGGCAGAAUAGCGUACAAAUAUCUAAAGAGGCGGAAGAGACGCGAGCUGGAGGAUUCGAUGAAGCGACAGUUGGCCGCCGGCCGCAAGGAGCGCCGCGCGCACGCCCGGGAGCGGAACCUCACCGAAGUGCAGCUGUGUGUCGUCUGCACCGAGAACCCUAAGGAGAUAAUAUUGCUGCCAUGUGGACAUGUGUGCCUCUGCGAAGACUGCUCAGACAAUAUCACCGACAAUUGCCCCAUAUGUAGAGAACGAAUAGAGUCCCGAGCGCCUGCCUUCAUCACAUAA